AUGAGGCCUGCUUUGGAGAUCAAACCACCGACCUCCCCUGUGCUGGGGGAAAACGGCUUAACACAGAUCCUUGCCAUUGUGGUGGAGGAGGUGCGAGACACCAUCAGUAAGGACAUCAAUGGGGCCGAUCUCCUCUUCACGCUGCUCAACGCCCCCUGGCUGCAGUCCCUGCUUAAGAUCUAUGAGCAGCUACAAGUAUAUCGACACAAGUCUCCAAGGCCAGUGCUGCCUUUCGCCACAACUCUCUCCCUCCAGGUACAGACACUACUCUCACCUAUGGUGGGCCCUUCUCCUGAGGCCAGAGAGCUGUAUGAUCUUCUAAGGACCCCACACAUGCAGUCCCUAUUGCUGGCCCAUGAUAUGGUGGCCCAGAAGGACUUUGACCCGGUGCUGCCUCCUCUGCCAGAGGACAUACCCGAAGACGAGGAGGCCAUGAGGAUCGUCUGCCUGGUCAAGAACAACCAGCCCCUGGGAGCCACCAUAAGGCGAGACGAGGUCACAGGGGAGAUCUUCAUAGCCAGGGUCAUUCAUGGAGGACUGGCCGACCGCAGCGGUCUGUUGCGGGCCGGAGAUCGCCUGGUGGAGGUGAACGGCCAUCCAGUGUUUGGCCUGGAGCCUGAGCAGAUUAUAAACAUACUGGCCCGUUCCCAUGGCACCAUCAUGUUCAAGGUGGUUCCCAUCACUGAGCGGCCAACCAACCGCCAGACCAUGCUGUAUGUGCGGGCCAUGGUGAACUACAGCCCGGAGCAGGACCCCUCCAUCCCCUGCGCGGACGCCGGCAUGGCCUUCUGCAAAGGGGACGUGCUGGAGAUCGUGGACCAGACCGACGCCCUCUGGUGGCAGGCCAAGAAACUGCCCAGCACCACGCUCUGCGCCGGCCUCAUCCCCUCCACCAGCCUGCUCAAGAGGAAGCAGAAAGAGUUCUGGUGGUCACAGCCGUUCCAAGGCCCACCUGGUCUUAACUUGAGCCCAGUAGAUGAAGAAGAAGACCUCAUGGCCAUCGAUGAGAGAUGCGUUGAGACAGAUGAGGAAGCCUUUGAAUCUGAAGAGCUCAAGGAAGAUGAAAAUGAAUUCAGCAGCGAUUUUGAGGGAGUAUAUCUUGCGGGGUUCAGGCGGAGCUUGCGUCUGUGUAAGCGACGUAAGGGCCAGACCCACAGCUAUGGGCAGGUGUGCACCUCCCGAUGCCCCAGCAGCUGCCUCCGCGCCCAGGAGAACCCCUACGAAGAGGUGGUGCGCUACCAGCGGCAGAAAGACGGACAGCGGCGCCUUAUUGCCCUCAUAGGUCCUUCUGGUGUUGGUGUGAAUGAGCUACGAAGGAAGCUUAUUGAAAGCGACCCAAAAACAUAUCAGGGUGCAGUACCACACACCACCAGGUCCCCAAAGAGCUUCGAGGAGCCCGGACGAGAGUACCACUUUGUCACCAGAGAAGUGUUUGAGAAUAUGGCACAAAACAACAGGUUUGUGGAGUUCGGGGAGUACAGAGAUUACCUCUAUGGGACCAGCAUAGAUGCUGUCAAACAAGUGCUGGACACUGGCAAAAUCUGUGUCAUCGACAUUGAACCUCAUGGCAUUCAAGCGGUACGGACCCAAGACCUGAAAGCCUACGUCAUCUACAUCAAACCCCCUCCGGCAGGGAGCAUGAAGGAGAGCAGGAGGAACUCACAGAUCAUCACCAACUACUUCAUCAACCGGCCUUUCAAAGAGGAAGAGUUCUGGGAGAUGGAUGAGGCGGGCAAGAAGAUGGAGUCCCACUUCCGCCAGCUCUUUGACCAGGUGAUCGUCAACGACGACCUGCAGCAGUCCCUCGCCCAGCUUGUCGCCGCGGUGAAGACGGCGGAGGACGAACCCCAGUGGGUCCCCGCCUCCUGGAUACGGCCCGCCGAAAAGUCAUGAGGGGAGGAGAAACAUGGGACAGGAGGAGAUGAGAGAGGAGAGGAGAGGAGUUACGAGGAGGAACCACAGGAGAUGAGGCGUCGC